AUGGUGUCCAACACGACGGUGGGCCAUCCCGUUCUUGGGGAAGUUGAGAAAUUACUGGUUACACAAACCAAGGAUCCACUGAAGUCGGGCUUUGAGUAUUGCCUUGGUGUCUCCUAUGUGAACCCGAGGCUCGGUCCCUUGAAUAGUGGGCAGCCAUGUAAGAGGACUUUGGAAAAGACGAGAGAGGAAGCCGAAAAUUUCAUAAAUUCUUUUGACAAACCCAAGAUUCUCUAUAACGAAGCAUUUUUCGAAGAGGUGCGAAUUUUUCUCUAUAAUACACACUGUAAGGACCACCAGAAGAGGGUCAUGGUCAAUUUCAGUGCUUGGAAGACGGAAAUCUCAAUUGCCUCCGCUAUGAAGAAAACCGACGAGGUCCUACAAUUCUUGGAGAAUAUCCCAACUCUGCGCAAUAUCCCCUUGUCGAUUCCCAACGGUGUUCAUUGCCAGCGACCAACAACGCCCCAGACGGUUUCUCGAGAGUUGAACCACGCCAACGAAAGUACGAUCUUGUACGGCCUCUCGAACCUGAGAGACUCCCCCGGCCAGGAAUCUCAGAUCAGUUUCACUAGCGAGAGUGAAGCGAGCACCGCCAUCACAACGCCAGACACGCCAACCCCAGCCCCUUGCACCAUAGACACCAAUCCAGAGGAAGACCCAGAAGUAGAAAGUCUUUUGGAUGAACUUGACCAACACUGGGAAACCCCCGAGGCCUUCGUCGGCGCGUAUCGUGUUGAGCAAAUCGUACAUAAGCAGUUACUAAAGCAGAAAGCUGAGAACGUGGAGUGCGGAUCGAAAACCGGCAAUAAGAAACAUAGGGAGUGGUUUAAGUGCGGAAUCGCUGACGCGAUUAAUUUGAUUGAAGCCUGGACCAGAUUUGUUACGUUCCCUGCUUACUUCAAUGGCAGGUUGAGCGAGCAAGGUCGUGAUAUGAUGGAUCGGUUGUGUAAUAUCAACCCUGAUCAUUUAGUCAACCUUAUGAGGGCAUCUUUGGUUGAGGAGACUUUCACUGAGAGGAAACUGGCUGAGGAGGCGCUGGUUGAUGAGCCGGCAAAUACCCGAGAAGAAGUGACUAUGAGAGAUGAAAGCGAAACCGACGAUUGCAUAACUGCCAUCGUUGGGCAAUCCAGCAUUCAGGCUCCUGCGGAGCAGAAAGAGCCUCAUGAUGAGGUGAUAAGCAUGGAAAAGGACGGAGAGCCCAUCGGAGAGGCGACGCUCGAAGCAGACCACAAGCCAGGAUUGGGGGUCAGGGCUAAGGAUUCCGCGAAAUCUCACUUUCAGAAACUGGCUUCGGUGGUGAAGCCCCGGCAUUCUCAUAACGUCUUUGAUGGCCACAGCGGGAGCGGUCCCAGCCACGAGAGCCUUCAUGAUCCAGAUAAAGACGAAAGCAAGGAAGAAAAACGUGAGGAAACACUACUCGAGGAAGGAAAACAUGAGGGAGGAAAACGUGAGGAAGCACUACUCGAGGAAGGAAAAAAUGAGGAAGCACUACUCGAGGAAGCAAAACUCAAGGAAGCAAAAUUUGAGGAAGUCUUUGCAUACCUCGUCAGCCAAUACUUCGCUGAAGAGUUGAAGCAGGACGGGAAUGUUAUUAUUCAACCGGUUCCUGUCAACUCGACCUCUAGCUGGAGAUCAAAGCCAAAAGCUUGGUAUCAAAAGCUAUGCAAACGGUCACCGGCAUCCAACAGCCCGUUGGCAGGCCACAUGCCCCAUUACGGACCGGAAUCUAUAACACGAUCAGGGUACCGGUACCUGGAAUCCACUGCCAGGAAUGACAAGUCACCAUUGGUUAAGGAAUUCAGUAAAUAA